CGGAAGUGGCGCGUGCGUGAGGGGCGGGCGGCCGCGGGGGCUGCUGGGUUGCGCGGCGCCGACUCGCGGUCUGUGGAGCGGCGGAGCGGGGCCCGGGCGCGCAGUUGGCGAAAAUGGCUGAAAAUGGAAAUGGUGAAAACAUGUCUAUCUUGGAAAGCAAAAUCUGUCAGCAAAUUGAGUACUAUUUUGGCAAUCACAAUCUACCAAGAGACAAGUUUCUAAAGGAACAGAUCAAACUAGAUGAUGGCUGGGUACCUUUAGAAGUAAUGAUCAAAUUCAACAGGUUAAGUCGCCUUUCAAAAGAUUUUGGUGUUAUUGUAGAAGCACUAAGAAAAUCCAAGACGGGUUUAAUGGAAAUAAAUGAAGACAAAACUAAAAUCAGAAGAUCUCCAAAUAAACCCCUUCCUGAAUUAAAUGACCAGUAUAAGGCUGCAAUUAAAAACAGAUCUGUAUACGUUAAAGGCUUUCCACUAGAUGCUACUCUUGAUGAUAUCAAAGAAUGGCUUGAGGAUAAAGGUCCAGUUGAAAAUAUUCAAAUGAGGAGAACAUUGCAGAGAACGUUUAAGGGCUCAAUAUUUGCAGUUUUUGAUAGUGUUGAAUCUGCUAAGAAGUUCACAGAGAUACCAAAUCAAAAGUACAAAGACACAGAGCUGAUAGUACUUUUCAAGGAGGAAUAUUGUACAAAGAAGAAUGAAGAAAGGAAACAAAACAAAGUAGAAGCAAAAGCAAGAGCUAAACAAGAAAAAGAAGAAAAGCAGAAACAAGCAGCAGAUGCUGAAAUGAAGUCUCUGGAAGAAAAGACAGGAUGUCUUCUGAAGUUUUCUGGUGAUCUAGAUGACCAAACGUGCAGAGAAGACCUCCAUGAGGUAUUUUCUGGUCACGGAGAAAUCAAGUGGAUACACUUUGUCAGAGGUGCAAAGGAGGGAAUUAUCCUAUUUAAGGAUAUUGCCAAAGAAGCUCUGGAAAAAGCCAAAGCAGCACAUAAUGGAAACUUGCAGCUCCGGAACAAGGAUGUUUCAUGGGAAGUGCUAGAAGGAGAUGCAGAGAAAGAAGCUCUGAAAAAAAUCCUGGAAGAUCAGCAGGAAUUGCUGAAACAGAAAACAAAAGGACGCAAAAUGAAAGGAAAAGGAAGAGGGGGAAAGAUACCUCAGGGUGCACAAAAAGGGAAAAUACAGUUUCAGGGCAAGAAAAUAAAGUUUGAGAAUGACGAAGAAGAUGGUGAAAAUGAUAUUAAAACAGAACCAUCAAGUCCCAAGAAGAGACCACUAGAGGAAACAGAAAAGGAAGAACCUGCACCAAAACAACUGAAAACAGAAAAUGGAGAUGGCAAUCAGUAAUACUCAAAUAAAAGAAUU